AUGGGCAUGUUCUAUCGUACAAUUCGCAUGGUUGAAAAUGGCAUCAAGCCGGUGUAUGUGUUUGAUGGAAAACCUCCUCAGCUGAAGUCAGGUGAACUGGCCAAGCGUACUGAAAGGAGGGCAGAGGCUGAGAAGCAACUUGAAGCUGCCCAAGAGCAGCAUAAUGAGGAAUGCAAGAAACUUCUAGCCCUAAUGGGUGUUCCAUAUGUUGAUGCUCCAUGUGAGGCAGAAGCUACCUGUGCUGCUUUGGUGAAAGCUGGAAAGGUGUAUGCAGCUGCAACUGAAGAUAUGGACGCAUUGACCUUUGGUACUCCAUUGUUGCUUCGUCAUCUCAUGGCUAGUGAGGCCAAAAAGUUACCUAUUCAGGAAUUUCACCUUAGUCGUGCCCUACAGGAUAUAGGGAUCACACAAGAGCAGUUUAUAGAUCUUUGUAUAUUGCUAGGCUGUGAUUACUGUGAGACCAUCAGAGGCAUUGGCCCAAAGAGAGCAAUAGAACUGAUAAAACAGCACAGGAGCAUUGAAGAGGUCCUAGACAACAUUGACUUGAAGAAGUACUCUAUUCCAGAAAACUGGUUAUACAAAGAAGCUCGGCAGCUAUUUUUAGAGCCUGAAGUGGUUGACAUAAAUGAUAUGGAGCUGAAGUGGCAGGACCCAGACGAGGCAGGCCUGGUGGCCUUUAUGUGCGUGAAAAGCAGUUCAAUGAGGACCGCAUCCGUAAUGGUGCCAAGAAGCUGGCUAAGAACCGCCAUGGUAGUACUCAAGGCCGUCUAG